AUGAGUGGCAACAACAAUUGCACCGACAAGCGGCAGGAAGUCCCAGCAACUGAGGAGCCAAAAUCCCGCUCAGAUGCUGUCACUUUCCUGUGUGCCCGAACAGCCUCUCGCUCUUCUCCAAGCGAGGCGUCCGGUCCAGCGGAUUCAUCUAGGUCGGCCACUGCACCUCAGACUCAGGUGACCACAACAGAGCCUACUACCUCAUCAAAGAAAGCAAAGAAGAAGGGCAAAAAGUACCAAAAGGUCGAUCUCGCGUCGAUUGCACCCGAUGCUAGCUCUUCUGCCCACAGAAGGUUAUCUCGCACGUCCAGUGGUCAGCCAAGCGUAGAAGCUCUAGAAUCUCAGCCUCAAAAGAAGGAAGAUGAUCUCUGUGAUACUGCUUCAUCUUCAGCACUGAGCAAGACCCUUCAAAGAGUUGAGCUGCCUUACAGCACGAAAGAAUCCCAGGCUGUCGACUAUUCUGCGGCUGUCAAAGGAACCAAUUAUCAGGACAAACAGGUUUCACAGGCCAAGGAAAUCCCCCAGACCAAGAGCGCCCAGACUAAAGAGGAAAAGAAAACACAAGAAAGCAAGGAGUCCCAUGACGUGCCAACCAAACGGUCGAAAUCUGCAAAAUCGAACAAGAAAGGAAAACGGCGCGUUGCCAGGGUCGAUCCAGUCACCGGAAAUGAGAUUCCAGAAGGACCCCAAGAAAGCUCUUCUUUGCCAGCGAGCAAUACAUCCAUUGCUGACGUUGAAGAGGAGAUGAAAAACAUCGCUCUUGACUCCAGCACUGAUGAGUCCUCAACAGCAAUCUCGACGCCGCCUCCUCGCCCAGCCCAGUCCUCGCGCAGGGCCAGCAGUAUUCACAGAGAAAAGCUGUCCCCUAUUCAAGAAGCAGCAGGAGACACUGAUACCGAUACCAAAAACCUCACAUCUGAAACACGCAGCCUCCUGACAAGCACGCCCAAAUCGUCGACCACCGUCUGGAGCAAUUUCGGGCCACAGGCCACGCCGCAAAGCGAAGGAUCUACCGCCGAAUCCAACGAGACUGGAAAUAAACAUCCGGAAAGCUCUGGCAAAUCGCAGACUACCACUCCCAUUCACACUCACCCUGGGUCGCCGGCUAAAAGCGAGCAAUCCACUUCCCAAGGAAAUGUUUCGAGACAAAAGCCGGAGGGUUUCUUCUGGCAGCUGGAUAGUCACGGUUUCCCUUGUGCAAAGCCGGGAUGUGAUAAACGCUGCAACUUAUGGGAUGGAGCAACCGUGAUUUGCCCUCGUUGCGGCCCUUACUCUGAGAUCCGCUACUGCUGCAAAGAGCACCUUUUCGAAGAUGUCAAAUAUCACUGGUUAUAUUGCGGACAGAUGACCUUCGAGCAUCCCUGUCGAGAGUCUUCAAUCCCUCGUCAGGUCAGAGUAGGCCCCAUUAUGGUGCCAUGUCUUCAUCUCUACGAUGCACCUGAGCGUCAUCGUCAGGCGGUGCGUUUCAGCGCAGACACCCGCGCAGGAGACUACUUCAUAUUCUCGGAUUGGGUAGACUUCGUUGAAGCUGGGUUCCCCGAGAACAACUUGGAUGUACGCUGCCCUCACAGGGUGGUGUACACAGUCAAAUUUGAUGACCCAGCGGAGAAAGAUCGCUUCCGUCGGGUGCUCGCUAUUUGUCUCUUCUUGACGAUCGACGUUCACGAACUGGUGGAUUAUUUAUUCCGGUUGAUCCGAGACAAACUGCGCGCAGAUGAGAGAGCCCAAGACUUGGAAGUUCAGCUCAAGUAUCAAUUUCAGUAUGAAUUCAGCGUGACCAUACAGGAGGGCAUCACUGGGAACAGACACGCCUGUGAGACAGAUUGGAAUGGGAAGAACCGUCGCAACUGUCCUGACGCUGCAUGUCGGGCUGAAUACCGUCGUCUGCUGGGAUCUCCCCCUGGUAGAGGUCACGGUCAGUUGGUUGAUCAUCUCGAGGGAACUUACUGGAUUCUUCGAACGGCAAGAACGACCCAUCCUAGUGCUACCAACAUUGCUGCCCGCAUGCGAGGAGAGGGUUUCGAUCAAGUGGCUGACGAAGAUCAGCGAGUGUUCCGCCGUGGAGAAGAAUGGGAUGGGGCCGGUAGUGGCGAAAGAGAAAUUGAGGGCGUGAAUGCUUAA